AUGUUGCCGGUGCCACAUGAUCGCUUGUCGGGCAGACGAAGCAGUUCGAUCGUGAGCCGGACGCUGCUCGGUCGCCGGGCGUCCGUCUACGUGACCAACAGCCAGCAAGAUCCCACCAAGCUGGCGCGUGCCGCUCAGCCAGAGAUUAUUACGGAGCAAUGUCGGCGCGGCCGCGUGCUACUAAUGGCUUGUAAUGACCCAUUGCUUUACCGACACCGAUAA